UACUGCGGGUAGAUAUACAAUUAAAGGACGGUAACACAACACCUUAUAGUUAGAAAGAAACAAAACUGAUAUAAACAAAACCUGUGCUAAUUAUGUUGAUUCUGGAAUGGAUGCUUGUAUAUUUUUAGUCAUGUUUAUUAUUUAAAAUAACUUUGGUGCGUGUUAGACAGGAUUUAUCAAAUAAUCUUUAGGAGUGUUUUAUACUGUAAUAAAUGCUCCAUUAGUCAUGGGUCAUUCGCACGGAAAAUUGAACGUAAAUAGUAAAAUUGCUACUGACAACACAGACAACUCUAACAAAAAGGCAUUUGAUCCAAACUCGCCAGUACCUGAACUUUCUGAGAAUGAGGUUACAAUGUUGAAAGAUAUGUGGAAAAUUCUUAACAUACAUAUUGCCAAAGUCGGGACCGUUAUGUUUGCAGAUUUGUUCGAGACUCAUCCCGAAGUGCAAGAUGUAUUUAUGUCUUUCCGGACAAAGGACGUCUCUGAUCUAGAGUACAAUAAGAUUCUGCGUGCGCAUGCGCUUAGGGUGAUGGGAACGGUGGACAAAUGUAUAUAUAGAUUGGAUAAUCGUGAUAAAUUGCAAGAUCUGAUGAUGGCUCUUGGAAUGCGGCACGUGAACUACUCUGUAAAAAUACAGUACAUCGACUUGAUGGGUCCACAGUUUAUAUCGUCCAUCAAACCUCAUCUAGAAAACAUGUGGACUGAAGAACAUGAACGAGCUUGGAAGAAUCUCUUUCAGCUUAUGUGUUAUUACAUGAAGAAAGGCAUGUGUAGUAUAUGACUAUAUCGUAUUAAAUUCCAGAAAGCUUUCGACUGAUAUACUAGACUAAUUAGGUGUGCAAUCAUUUCACAAGCGGGCAUAUACCAAUAUGUGUUUUCUGUCGAGAAAAAUAUAAUAAACAUUGCGAAGAAAUGAAUGAUUUUAGAAUUUUUAUUUAUAUAGCACGCACUCCUCGCAGUUAAGUCGAAUUAUAUGUGAUACUGCAGUUCGCUGGGUGAAUGCGAAAGAAACAAAGGUACAUAUGAAUAAAGAAGCAUUGAGACUUCUUUCGCAUUCAUCCUUCGUGUUGUUAUACAAAUGUACAAUGCAUUGUAAUGUAAAAGUUGUUAUAAUAUUUUUUUUGAAAUAUUAGACACUUAAUCUGUGCAAUAUAUUCCAUAAUGUAUUUAUGUUAUAUUUUAUAUAUGACUCGCCGUACUUCUAGUAAAAUGAUGUACGUUGUUGUCAUUCUUUCCAAACACAGAUACAAAAAUAUACCAAAAUUUCAAUUAUUGGUGUAAACAAAGAAAGAAAGAUAAAUAUCUAAUAAGGAAAGCCAUGUAAACUUUCAUAAAAUCUACAUUUGUAAAAGUUUUUUUUGUUAUUUGAAGAGCUUAAGUAUAAGUACCCAUACAUUAUUUAAUAUUUUCUUUAAAAUUUUGAAGAUCUAUCUUUACAUACCACAAGAAAUAUUCAACGACUUAAAUAAAAUUAUAAUUUUCAUGACAGAAUCUAGCAUUGUAUUAUUUUAUUUAACUGGGAUCAAUAUACUGCAGCGUUUGAAAUCUCAUAGAAUAUCCAGCUAUAGAUCAAGAGGUCGUGGGUUCAAGCCCCAGUAGGGACCUUGCCCUUGUAAAGGUAAAUUUUAUUUACCGUCGCUUUGUGAAACAAUUACCAUAAGCUCUGUAGAGCAUUUUGAGCGACCUUAUUUAAGAACAGUUAAAACCAAUUUAUACCUUACCCCCAGCAAUUUGCUGGUACCCAUUUACAACCGGGUCAACAGAGGCAAUCGUGAUAAAGUGCCUUGCCCAAGGACAUACAUACAAGGUUACCAUUUGACGGAAGUGCUAAUAGCCUACUCGAAACAUAGCUAUUUUAAGGUAUUAGGUCACUAAUAGUAAUGUUUACAAAAUUGCCUUUGCUUGGUUUAUUCUGAAAGGUAACCGUGUUUUGCACUAUUUUGCAAAUUUUAAACAACUUUUACCGUGCCGUUUUUUAUAAAAUUUAAUUUUGCAUAACUUAUGGUAUCUUCUCAAGCUCAAGUAGAGACAAAUUUCAAAGUGAUAGCCACUAUCCAAAACGUUUGCAGAGAACUCAUUUUACCAUUAAUUUCAUUUUAAUUUAAUUAAUUGUGUACAAGAAAUCAAUAAUAAGUCUUGAAAGAAGUAAAAUCUUACUAGUAAAAAAGGAAAAUAAGGAAAAAAAAAUUUGGUCCCAGUAGGGCUUGAACCUACACCCCCAUAAGAAUUGCAGUAAAAGUAGGUUUAUGGUAGGAAUUGAAUACUGUUCAAAAAGGAGGUUCUCUAUUAGUGAUCUAAUACCUUAAGACAUGGUCAGAAAUUAUUUUAAUCAAAUAUGUGAUGACGUGCAUAACCUUCCGCUUUGUCAUUUAAGGUCAAUGUCGUACCUAUUUGUUACAGUGAAAUGUAUAAAAAUUAAUUUCGUACAAUCAUGUUAAGUGUAACUAUAGACCGUGUCAGGUGAUGGUCAAAGCAUUAAUCCGCGGUCAAUGGUAGAUAUAUUCGUCUUAAUUUUUAAAUAAACAAUCCACUGUGCUAAUUUUGAAUACUAAAAUCAGAAGAGCCGAGCAAUAUAUUUAUUUAUUGUCGUGGAAUGUUGGCAUUACAGUCAAACAUAACAUGUCUCAUCUUGUUUUAUGUUUCUUUUGUUGCUGCAAGAAACCAUUACUACAUAUUACAUGUAUUACUUUUGUCUUUGAUUAUGUUAAAAGUAAAAAACUUAGGUCAUUUUAACAAUUUUAUUACUGUUAUAACUAGGACUGGAAACGUGAUGUCUUAACAUUAUUAGUCCAGUAUUGGUUGAAAACCAGUUUCGGGGACUAUAGGAAUGCACUUUUCCGUCCGUCCGCAAUUUCGUGUCCGGUCCAUAUCUCUGUCAUCCAUGAAGAGAUUUCACAGUUACUUUGCACAAAUAUUCCCCAAGUUGAGACGACGUGUCAUGCGCGAAACCAGGACCCCUAGCUCAAAGAUCAAGGUCUCAACUGGAGGUCAAAGGUCAACAGAGCUUUUUUCCAGUCUGGUCCACAACUCCGCCAUCCAAUAAGUGAUUUUAAUAUUUCUUGGCACAAAUGUACCUCAUAAUCAGAUGAUGUUUCAUGCGCAAAUCCUGGACCCCUUGCUCAAAGGUCAAGGUCACAAUUGGGGGUAAAAAAAGGUCUACAGGACUUUUUACCUGUCUGGUCCAUAGCUCUGCCAUUCAUGAAGGUAUUUUAAUAUUACUUGGCACAAAUAUUCUCCAUGUUGAGAUAACGUGUCAUGCGCAAAACCCGGACCCAUAGCUCAAAGGUCAAGGUCACAAUUGGAGGUCAAAAGUCAACAGGGCUUUUCUCCAGUCCGGUCCACAACUCUGCCAUCCAUAAUAUUUCUUAUCACAAAUUUACCUCAUAAUCAGAUGAUGUUUCAUGCGCAAAUUCUGGACCCCUUGCUCAAAGGUCAAGGUCACAAUUGGAGGUCAAAGUUCAAUAUGUUUUGUUCCUGUCCGGUCCAGAACUCUAUCAUGCAUCAAGGUAUUACAAUAUUACUUGGCCUAUAUGUACCCCACAAUGAGACGAAAUACCAUGCGCAACUCCAAAACCCUAUCUUAAAGAUCAAGGACACACUUGGAGAUCAAAGAUCAAAUUCAACAAUGAAUUUGCCCGGAUCAUUUCUUCCUCAUGCCUGGAGGCAUUUUGACAACUUCGUAUAAAUGUUAACCACCAUAAGACAGCUUUAGUUUUUAGAAUUACUUCCCUUUUUUGUUAUUUUAAAUAGAUUAUAUUGUAACAUUUCUAUUACUGGCCGUAGGGAAAAAUCGUGACCAAUUUUCUGUGGUACAACAUGCAUGUUACAUCCACUUGUUAGGUGUAUUUUGACAUAUCUCUACCUGGUAAAGAGUUUCUUGUGGGCUUUUAUUAUGUAUAAUUUUAUUAUUGUUUGAUUAGUUUCCCUUUGUUGUUUCUAUAAAUAAUUGAUAUGAUAACUUUUUAUAAUAUGCCGAAAAAUUCCACAUGAAAACAACCUUAGGUUUUUAUAUAAUUAUGCAAAUUUUAAUACAAGUGUUUUGUUAUAACAUAUUGUAUGUAUAGUAGUCGCAACUUGACCGCGAUGGUUGACCUUAGGCUGAUUAUUCAUAUCGAUUAUAUCAUUAUAGAAAUCAAGGGUGCUUAGGUAUAUUUAUAUGGAAUUAGUUUGUAUAGAGCGCAGUAUCAAAGUAUAUAUACUUACAUUUGAUCAGUUAAAACUUUCCAAUACACUAAUUUAUAUUUACAUAAAUUUAUAUUUCCUUUUUCUCGUGCAGCUCGUGUUUUACGUACACUCCUUUUCAAUAAUAGGUUGUGCCUUAUUAUGUAUUAUGAUGCAAAGGUCAACCAUCGGGGUCAAGUUGCGUCCACUAUAUAGUACAGUAUUGUUUAUACAUCAUUGACAAAUAUCAGUUCAGUAUGUUAUACUGCAGUGAAGAAAAUGUGGUGCCUUCCAGUAGGGGACUUUGUAUUGCAUGGCAAUACUACAUUAACUUUUUCAUCAUACUUUGUUAAUAGAUCCAGUCCUAGUGUGGUAAAAUCACAUAAUAUCAUGAUAUGAAUAUUAAAUAAUAAAUGUUUUUUAAAGUUCGUUACACAUUAAUCAAACUAUGAACGUUGUUGUUAUAAUCCACAAUAUGUGCAAUAAAUCUUUUAAAUAUU